AUGACGCUCUUCCACUUCGAUAUUGCGCCCCGGGCGGCGCUGGCGGCGCCGACAGAGCCUUACAUCAUCCAGAUCCAGAGCGCCGUUAUUGUGGCGGCCUCGGUCCUGUCGGUCUUCGGAGCCGGGUGGAUCAUAGCAAGUUUCUUUGUCUUCCCCAACCUUCGGAGCUUCCGCCACCACCUCAUCCUCGGCCUAGCCAUUAGCGACUGCGCCAUGGCGUUUAACUUUCUCGUCUCCUCCUCCAUGAACGUUGCCGGCCGGUGGAUAGGCGCCCCAGAGCAGGCCCGUUUCUGCAGCUUCAACGGCUUCAUGACCCAGGUGUUUGUCAUACAGACCGACUAUUGGGUUCUCAUCAUCGCCGUGUGCACCUACUUUGUUUUGGCCGACCACAAGAGGUCCUCGUCGUGGGUCCAGCGCCAUGUCGCCUUCAUCUGGGCACUGCCAUGGACCUUGUCGGCGCUUUGGGCGGCCAUUGGCUUGGGCGUUACUGGGUAUGGCGACAUUGGCGCCUGGUGUUGGUUUACCUCUGACGAGGUCCGUCUGUUGGUCAACUUCGUCCCACGAUGGACCAUCAUAGGUGUGAUGGCUCUCAUGUACGCAAGACUGUACCUACUUCUAUUUCAUGCCCACCGCAGCUUGGUGUCGAGCACUCCAAGCGGUUCGGGCUCGCGCCAGCUUGAUGCCGGGAGCUCAGGUCACGCCGAGGGAGGCGUGGUAUCAGCGAGGCAUACCCGAAGAUUGAAGAGGCUCGCUCGUCUGAUGCUUCUCUACCCGCUUGCCUAUGCCGUCGUCUGGACUCUUCCCACAGCAAUCCGGAUCCAUCAGACAGUCACGGGGGAGGCGGCGCCCUGGCAGUUGCAGACCGCGGACAAGGCGUGUAUCGUGCUGCAGGGUUUUGUGGAUGCCGCCAUCUAUGGCGCCACCGAGAGUUGCCUGUCGAGCUGGCGGAAUCUCCUGUUUCCUCGAAGGUUCCCGGCCGUCAACGACAUUGGCAUGGGUGCGCAGUUAGACACUUUGAGCGGCAAGCGGCCCUCGCGCAUGUGGAACCCGCCACAUACGGCCGAUCAACAACUGGCUUCGCGGUCCUCAAACGGGGACGUGACGCGAUCGGGGAACAAUGAUUCGGUUGGUUCCCUGGCCGUUUCAAGCACCGAGGAGACCGCGGUUGAAGGUCGUGACCGCGGCGGGACCGGGAGCUCCGAGGGGACCCUGCCCAUCAUGGGAAUCCGGAAGACGGUGGAGAUCGAGAUUAGUACCGCCGACGAGACAGCAAAGGCAGCGCCCCAGAUGCCGCUCAAAACGUACUUCCCAACUCCGCCACGAGAUCGUAAUCCGUAA